AUGGCUCGAGCAAGAAGAUCGAGACAUGUGUCGGGCCUUACUACCCUCGAGCCCUGGCUGCAGGCCUUCACGCUCGUCGCGAUCAGUCUCUCGCUCUUGCAAUGGCGCAAAUCCUGGACUUUUCGUUUAGCAGACCUACUUGCGGGUUCCAUUGCUCUGACUCUACACUUCAUUGAGAUGCCACUUCUGGCAUCCUGUCUGGCCAUGGCAUAUUCGGUCUGGAUGUACACUCCCGGCACUUUCCAAGCGCUAGAUCUCCCAAGCCACGCAUCUUUCAUGAGGAGUCUGAAAAUCCUGGAGCCUCGCGCCGCUGAGGACGAAGAAGAUUGCGGCAUCUGCUGGAGCGCGGAAACGCCGCUCGCCGAAGUGAAAUGCGGCCACAGGUAUUGCACUUCGUGCCUACAGGCCAUGGGCGACCACCUGCACACGACUUGUCCGCAAUGUGUCAGACCACUAUUCAGUACCUACGACCGCCCAGUCUUCAUCCUGUCGAAAGCUAGCGUCUGCUGCGCUUCCAUCAAUGCGGCGCUUUUCCUCGUUCAGGCGACUCUGGAGGUCAAGCAACCACACUACUUCGGCCUGGUUGUCUCGCUGGGAUCUAUAUCGGCGAUGGCCUGGUACCUCUGGCAUGUACGAGGACUCAUCCGGCUGUAUGGAGAGAAUUGGUGGCGGGGUGCGCCUGGGACGGAGACGAGGGUGACGGGGAAUCGGGCGCCUCAGAUGGCUUUUGCUGCUUUUGUUAGUGGGUUGGGGCUCUUUGCUUUGAAUUUCGUGGCGACGGACGGGAUGUUGAGUUGA